AAAAAUAUUUUUUAUUUUUAUUGUAAGAACAUGUUAGCAACAACUUCACCAAACUCGUUAGUCAUGAACCCAACUUCAAUGUUAGUAGAGAUGAAAAGCUUCAUUCCUUCUUCAUAUACUUUCGAAACAGAAAUCCAGAAGAUAAAGCAGGAACUUCUCCAAGGAGAUUUAGACUGUAGUGCGAAAGAUGAAACAAAUGAACAGUAUCUUUAUGAAAUGCAGGAUAUUAUUGACCAUCUACCUAAACUUCCUGAAAUACAACAACAAAAGCUUACUAUUCCUGAAUUCGAUGAAAUAGAAGUCAAAGCAACUGACUCAGUAGAAAUAAAGAA